CUGUCAUUAUUAUUUUUGUUUAAGGUUAGCUUCUUGAAAAGUUAAAAAUGUAAAUUUUGCAAUUAUUGAUUGAUUGAUGACUGAAAAGAACACUGCUAACAUGGAAAUUAGGAAAGAUCUGCAUAAAACACGGUUUUGAAGAAAUGGGCAUAUUAUCUAAGUGUAGUCUAGUGGCUUUCGAAUUACUUAACGAAAUGUUUGCAGCGGUAGGAGCAGGUUUCUUAGGGGUUUUGUAUCUAGUUAAAAAGGGGUUUAAUAAAUAUGACUCGAUACGAACCUUAACUAUACUUGUAGUAACGACAGCCAGCGUGGCUUAUAUCACUCAUAAGAAUAACAAACAAAUUAAACCAAACAAGAAAAAAGUUAUAUGCAUUACUGGAUGUGAUUCAGGACUUGGUUUUUCCCUGGCUCAACACUCUGUUGAUAUGGGAUUUACUGUAAUAGCUGGGUUCUUAAGUUUAGACUCUAAAGGCUGUAAAGAGAUUCGACAGAAAUAUGGAAAAAAUAUAAUACAGAUUCAACUUGAUGUAACCGAUUCAUCUAGUGUUAAGGCAGCUGUUCAAACUAUUGAACAUUUUUUAACGAGAAAUUCAGGAUAUGCUCUCCAUGCUAUCAUUAACAAUGCUGGUGUCAUGGUAUUUGGAGAAUUUGAAUGGUCAACAGAAAGACUGAUACAACAACAAAUUGAUGUAAAUCUGAUGGGCACACUGAAAUUUACCAAUGCUUUUUGUCCUCUCAUAAGACAGCAUAGAGGAAGAAUAGUAACAAUUACUAGUCACUGUUCCCAAUCAGUACUUCCGGGUCUCUCAGUAUAUGGAGCAACUAAAACAGCUUUAUCAGGGUUUUGUGAUGGUCUUAGAGUAGAGAUGAACAAAUAUGGAGUUGAUGUAAUUCAAUUUAUACCUGGCUCUUUUACGUUACAAAGUAAUAUAAUGGCUAGACAACUUCAGAAUGUUCAAGAAAUGCAUGAUAAUUUUUCUCCAGAGCAACAUGCGUUUUACAGUGACUACUUCAAACGAUACAAUAUUUACUUGUCAUUCAUUACUCCUCCUCCGAUGCCCUUUAAAAUUGAAGAUGAAGGGUUAUACAAGGAAUAUGAAAAAACUUUGCUGGACGAAAAGCCUGAUGCCAUAUACAAAAAUGAGGACUACAGAUACAAGAUGUAUCACACUCUGUUUCAUAUUAGUCCUUGGUUUAUAAGAGAUUGGCUCAUCACAAAGUUUAUGGCCAUGCCCGCUUAUGUAUCUAGUGAUAGGAAUCUUAGUAUGGAUAGUUCUGAUGAAAAUGAUGAUCUAAUAUUGUGAUUUAAAUAAAGUUUUUAACUGUAA